AUGUAUAUAUAUGCACAUACAUGCACACAAUUCACCAACAAACACACUCAUCUCUUAGAAACGGAAAACCAAACAAUCAAUCCGCAGCUUCUGGGAACUAAUCAACAACCUUCUUCAACGACUCAGGUUGAAAGAAGGCUCAUAGAAAAAAAAAACAGAAGAAACCAGAUGAAGAUCCUCUAUUCCAAACUCAACUCUCUUCUCCCUAACUAUAACCCUAAGGAAGCGGUGCCAUUGCCUGACCAAAUAGAUGAGGCCAUCAACUACAUCAAGAGCCUUGAGGAAAAGAUGAAGAUGGCUCAGGAGAAGAAAGAAAGCUUAGGUGGAAGUAAUAAGAGAUCCCGUGGUAGCUGUUCUAGUUCUAUUUCUGCAACGGCGGUUUCAAAAUCGCCACAACUUGAGGUUCAUGAAACGGGUUCAUCUUUAGAAGUUGUUCUCACAUGUGGGUUGGACAACCAGUUCAUUUUUUAUGAAAUCAUCCGAAUACUGCAAGAAGAGAACAUUGAUGUCAGGAGUGCCAAUUCCUCAAUGGCUGGAGAUUCAAUGCUUCAUGUGGUGCAUGCUGAGAUUCCUCAAUUUUGA